AUACGGGGUAUAUAUUGGGAAAGAGGGGAAUAGUGAUGGUGGUGGCAAUUCAACAAGAAAAAUCUAUAGCUGCGAUUCUUCCCCCCUCAUCAGUCACGAGCUGUCUCGCUCUCGUUUUCUCAUCCGCUAGCUUAUUCACUCACAUAAAUGUUCUUUUUAACGUCAAAUCCUCCGUCUUUUCAACCCCGAAAACGCUCUCCUUCUCUCCCAAAAAAGAAGCUUAAACCCCCCCUCCACUCUAUACUCUCCGCCUACAUACCUUUUCCUUGAAUUCAUUGCAUUCAUUCAAAAUCUCAGUAAUAUAAUACAGGAUUCAUAGAUAGAACUGUAUUGUGUUAUUGAUUCGUUCCAAGAAAGCGCAGCUAUGGAGGCUGGAUCCGCAUCAGUAGUUUCAGAGACUGGCGGUGAAGGCGGCGGAGGAGGAGGGGAGGAUCAGCCGUCGGCGAGUGGGAGUGGGACGGGAGAGGGAGGGGGAGAAGGGUCAACGGCGGCGGCUGCGGCGGCGCCGAGCCGAUACGAGUCGCAGAAGCGGCGAGACUGGACUACAUUUUUGCAGUACCUGAGAAACCACAAGCCGCCGUUGACGCUGCCGCGGUGCAGCGGCGCGCACGUGAUCGAGUUCCUCAAGUACCUGGAUCAGUUCGGGAAGACGAAGGUGCACGUGACGGGGUGCCCGCACUUCGGCCACCCCAACCCGCCGGCGCCCUGCGCCUGCCCGUUGAAGCAGGCCUGGGGCAGCCUCGACGCGCUCAUCGGCCGCCUCCGCGCCGCCUACGAAGAGAACGGCGGCCGCCCCGAGUCCAACCCCUUCGCCGCUAGAGCCGUGAGGAUAUAUUUGAGAGAGGUCAAAGAUACCCAAGCUAAGGCCCGAGGAGUCCCUUACGAGAAGAAGCGAAAAAGGUCAACAGCCGCCACCGCCACCGAGGGUGGCAGCGGAAAUAAUCGACGUAAUGGCGGCGGCGGAGGCAGAGGCGACGGUGAUGACACUGGUGGUGGCGCCGCUACUGUCGGUCAGCCACCUCCAGCCACUUCAACAGUAUAGUACGGCCUUGUAAAUAUUCUUAUUUUUUCGGAAAUUAAUAUAUUUCUCCAAAAUUGUAAAUUAUGAGUCCAAAAUUCAG